AUGGCGGACCCUUUUACGGGUGGCCAAGCAUCCAGAGCAAGCAACGCUUUACAGAAGCGUCAAGAAUCCCUAAAACGAUGGACUAAGAGCGAGACAGCACUAGAGUCUGCGGACAGGUCAAGAAAGAAAACUAAAAUUCAAUUCUCCCUCGGAACUGUGUUCCUUUCAGCGGUAUCGAGCGGUGACGUGGAUGAGGUGAAGAAACUUCUGGCCAAAGGCGCUGAUAUAAAUCACCAAAAUGUCGAUGGACUUACCGCCUUACAUCAGGUACGGUAUCUGGCAUUCUUGCUGCAGAUAGUAAAAUUGUGUUGGAAGCGAGAGCAGUUUGUGCGAGAGCGUUCUGUGGACCAGGUCUGGGGUCCUAGCCAGAACCCAAAACAAUAGCCUAAUUAACGAAUCACUCGCUCCUUAAAACAUGGAGCGAUUAUAGAGCUUGCCCUCGUCAAGCUGAACUUUGAGGUCUCUCUUCCAUUAAAGCGAUACCGGGCAGGAGCUAGGUAGUAAGCUACCAUCAAUAGUGAUGUAGAUGCUUUGCUUUAGCAAGGCAAUUCACCAACUGUUUGUUAACGCCUUGAACUAUUUAGGCCUCGGCCAAUGGAUACAAGGAAAUCUAUGCCGGGUUUUGAGCUUAAAUUAUAACUUUGCUUUCAGCAUUUCUUUUCGGAUUUUCAUUACUGUAUAUUAUUGGGAAAUAAAACCUUUCCGUAAGGAACAUUGCUUGUAGUUUUCGAAAUCUUAUACCACCAAGAGAACAGUUUGGAAGCGAAGCUAGUAUAGCGGCUGGGAUGAUUUAGAAACUAAUGCUUUCUAGCGUCUAUAUUUACAUCUGUUGCCAGUAAUGGAGGCUUUUAACUAUUGUUUGUGUUCGACAGGCUUGCAUCGACGAAAGUUAUGAUCUUGUUAAAUUUUUGGUUGAUCAUGGGGCUCGAAUGGACGUACGAGACAAUGAAGGUUGGACGGCUUUACAUGCUGCAGCUAGUUGCGGCAGCGUCGAAAUAGCACAGUAAGUUCAUGUUUGCUUUGCACAUUUUAUUGUAAUCAUUCCUCAAAUCAGCCUUGCAUUGAUUUUGAACUAUGCUGGCUAAAACAGUCGCCCUAGAAGCGGCAUUUCAGAGACAUUUAACUCUUACUCACCUAAAUUUCGAUCCAUAGUAGCCAGUUUGGAUCGUGUUUCAAAACAUGCAAGGAACUCGGGAGUCAAUGUUGAAAGGCUUCUUCUUCAAUGUGUGAAUUUUAAGGGGUUUGUUAUAUAGGGUUACCUUUUUCUCUUUUUCCUCGGUGCUUUUUCUGCUCGAAAUGAGGUAGUUAAUUUGUUUUUCUAGCAGGGAAAAAAGGCCAUUAAGUUGGCAACUCUUUAAUCAAAAUGCAAUCUCUUGUCCAUCGGAGAUUUUUAUAUCAAAUAACCGAGGUUGUGUAAAAUGCCAUUGAAGCGCUGUAUCUCGGAUCACGUUGUACAUUCAAGAGUUUGAACGUUCGAUUAUUAUUGGACACUUUUCUGUAAUUGUAAAGAAGGAAAAUGUUUUGUUAAAUCGAUUUGUCAAACGCAGUUCGAUAUCAGUUUUGAAUGCCUUAAGAAAUGUGUGGAAGUGGUAUAUGACAUAAAUUCAUUGAAGUUAAUUUGGUAUAAUUUUUCGCGUCCGUGUUUUUUCUUGCUUGUAGUUUGAAGAGAUCAGGGUGUUGAUACUCUUCAAAAGCAUUGUUGUGUAUCGGGAAGGUUUCACUUUAACCAAGUAAUGUAUCAAUUUUUGAGUGAAUGUUGCGAGAUAUUAGGAGCGUGACUUGCUUCGAAAGUACCAAACGAUGUACAUAUCAUCGGUUUCUUGACGGUCAUCAAAAUCAUACCGAUCUUGAAACUACUGUUAUUCAUGUUGUCAAUUUUUGAAUCGUCUUUGACUUUUUCUCAGAUCCAUUACUUUGCUCGAGAGCUUCGAGUUCAUCUUGAACUUUUAUUUAUGGUCAAUGAUUAUCUGUGUGCAAAAUCUUCUUGCAUGAGUGACUUUCUGAGCCAAAAAACACCAAAUACUAAGCUGUUUCCUUUGGCAAAUCUAUUGUCGUAUUAUUAACCAAUCUUUCCAAAGAAGUUUACAGAGGAAAUCUUGAUUGUAAUUUUGGUUAUGAUAUAUUUUUUCGGCAGAAUUCCAACUGUGAUUGUAACAGCAUGUUCCCAAAGUGAAAUUGUGUAUAUGACAGCAUAUUGUCUUUCCCUAUAAAUUUUGAUAAGCUGUGUUUCAUUGUGUUUACUGUAUCUCUACAUUUUGCACCAGAGCUGUAGAAACAAAUAUUUGUCAUGGACAGAACUAAAUGUGGCUUUUAUCGCUGUCCAAAAACAGACUGGAUUACCUAAAUACAUGCACCUAAUCAGCCAUGUGUUUUUAGUUGAUCUAGGAAAUACCAUAGUUAACUUGCUUGUCAUUGGCUUCCUGCCUUUCGAGCUUCUUAUUUGACCAAAUUGCAAUCUUCUUGGGGAUUUAUUCUCUGUUCUUUGCCUAAUACUUAUAUUUUUGUGGGUAAACAUACAGUUGUAAACAUAUGAACUGCUUUUUGAGAAAAUAAAAUUAUAUGUCUUUUUAGUUUAGACUUACUUGGAAGCAGGUUUACCAAUUUUGUAUUCAUGACAACAUAGAUGGCUAAAAUGAAUUUUUUUGAAUUUGAGAAAAAAAAUCUGUUAACUCAGUUGUAGCCAUUUAUCUGCUGUAGAAAAGAUCAUUAUUGUCUUGUCCAAGUUUUCCUUCUUAUUUUGCUUUUUACAGCUUAUGCAACAGUCAUUCCUCAUUUUCUGUACAGUUGCAUUAGCUGGCAUGACUUAAACUGAAUAUAUGACCAACAGUGGACUCCUACAAACUCUUGAAAUGUGAAAUCUACAGGUGGUGAUUAUUAUUAUUAUUAUUUGUUCGAAAAAACUGAGAUUUUCUAGUUGCCCAAGAGCAAAAGUUUGGCGCCAGGGACCAACGUGCUCUGCUAGAGCACGGCCCUGAUUCUUGUAGUUUUUUGUUUCUUUUUAUAAAGUUUGCUUUCAAUGAAAAAUCACAUUGUUUUGUAGGUUAAGCUAUAUCACACACUCUGGCAUCAUCCAAAGGGGAUUUCUUCGAUCUUUGUUGAUCUGAUAACUGUCUGUUGUCAAGCUAGUCAGACAGCCUUGUAUGCAAUGACCAGUGGCUUGUAAUCUAUAUAAUAGUGGAUAAUCCUUAGGUACAAAAGGCAAGGGUCAUUGCUUAAAAUUCUAAAAGUUUAUCUUACAUCAGCAACUCCAUACAGUGCUUACAGCUGAAUAUUAUGAAUGUUCAUGUUAUGUGCAGAAGUCUGUUGACCAUGUAGUUACAUGUACACUGUAAGUGUUUUGAGGAACAAUAACACUGAAUAUGAACGUUAUUAACCUGGACGCUGAGAUGACUGUGGACAGUGUCUGUAUUAAUUUUUAAGGUUGUUCAUAUUAAGUAUUAUUGGGGGUGUCAUGUUCAUUAAGUCAUAAAUAAUUUAUACCUUUUAUUGGAACAAAAUACAAAGAAAUAUGAAAGAAAUAGAACAGUGCACUCAAACAAACCUCUUCAACUCACAAGAAGCUAUAUAUUAUUCUGUGGACUAUGUCCAUAAAAAUACUCAGAGGUUUCUCAUUUGCACUUUGACUCAACUUUGAAUCAAGACUCUGCAGAACUCAUUUGUUGCCAAAACUGAAGGAAUUGAUGUCUAGACAUUGUCAUGUCUUGUCUAGUUAGUGCUAUUAGGCUGGUUUAACAACAGAAUGGGAACAUCAUUUGACGAGGGGAAAGCGCGCUGAAAGGACUCAACUCGACUUCUGGUGCCCAAUUUGCUGCUCUGCCAUUGGUCAUGCCAGUUGUUUGAUCUGCGUGCACCAUCAUCAACUGACGUUCCUGUUCUGUUGCUAUAUCAGCCUAUUAACAUCGAUGCACACUGUACUGACACCUGAAGGUUUGUUUUACCUUCAGAAAAAGUAAAGAUUGUUACUGCAGGCAGUUGACAAAGAAGUAGCCAUACAAGAAAAAUCUAUCUGUUGUCUGCAUUAACAAGUGUAGACUUAUAUUAAGCAGGUUAUAUUUAGAGACUAUGAAAGGGUUUUCCUCAGAGGGGGUGAAAACUGUCUGUAUUGACAAGAUGUCAGUACAGUAAAGCAGUUGGCUGUGAAGUGGGGUUUUUCUGUAUCCAUAGCAAUUUCAUAGGUCCCCUGGAGUCUACAAAUCUGUUUUUGUUUUGGGUACCACUCAGUUUUAUUAUGAUGAACAUGAAGUUAAAUUUCUUGAAAUGGCGGCAUUGGCAUUCUUAUCAAUGGCAAUUUGGCUGCGUCUUAGUAUGAAUAAUAAAGUCUUAAAGGAGGAGUUAGAAUGAAGCAACCAAUCGUCAAGGCCAAGGUUUUUUACACAAAGUGUCCUUUUUUCUAGUGACCAGUAUUUUUUGUCUGGCAACAGUUGCCCCAAGGUGACUUUAAAAAAAAUGAGCUUGAAGCAAUGUUAGGCAAUAACACAACAAGAGGCCACUAAAAUUGUCACAGCAAUGGUUGUUCAUUGUUUUUUAAAUAACAUGAACGGUCUAAAAGCAUUAAAGUCUCGCUUGCUUGGAGAUAGGUGAGAAAUGAGGAGGUGAUUUAUUCUACACAAAACAGGAUUUCCUUGCGAAAAGUUUCUCACUUCCUUGACGAUGAUUGAGUUGUGGAUAAAUAAACUAAAAUCGAGAGAAAUUGCAUCAUUGUAAUAGAGAAAAAUAGUCCUCUGGGAGGACAUGAGCUUACUGACAAUGAAUAGUGUGUACUAAGUAAAGGCCAAUGCAAUACAUGGGUACCUAUGGUGUGAAGCAUAAAUGCGUAAUGUUGUUUGCUACGAGGACAGUUAUUUUCCAAGGAGAAAAUUUAAAUUAUUUAAUAGUUUGUGUCACUCAGUGUACCUUGUUUUUUGAACACCUUUGCCUUCUAUUGCCAAUAUGUUUGCCUUGCAUUAUCUGUGGAAAGCAUAUAUAAUGAAACAUCGCGACAAGUAAGAAUGGACCGAAUGUCCAUAAAAAAACCAUGUGCUUGCAAAACAAAAUCGUCAUUCUUCAAGGCAGGCACAUUGUGUAGUGACUGCUAUAUUGCACAUGCACUGUAGCACGUAAGGUUGGUUCGGCUGCUGCAGGCAGAAAUGUUCAAGUUGAGUUUGGCCAGAUUAAUUUCUUUGCUAUUUCUGUCCAUUCAUAAUUGCUUUAUGUGUUGAUUGAGUUCUACUAGUAACGAAUAUUUUUUAAUUGUUUGUAGUUUUAAUUGUUGAAAGUCACAAUGUGGGAAAAUGCAAACAUGAAUCUGUCGUUUUUACUAUGUAAACAUUCAAUUAAAAUGUCACAAAUUUACGUAAAUUCAAAACAUUUCAUCUUUGUUAUGGUAGUAUGGUAAUUGCAUGCUUAAUCUUGGACAGAAAUCACAAUAGCCCCAGAACCGGCCAAUUCUCACGAACGCAAACUAAACUAAGGGAGCAUAUUAAAAUAUCCCUAAGAACGAUCAGUAUCAAAUUCCUCCUUGUCAUAAAAAUGCUUUAUAAAACAAAGAAUGGGAGACAGCAGGUAUCGAACACAGUCCCUGCGGCGCUUUACCGCAUGUAUGGGAACAGUAGAACAUGGUGCAUCAUUUCAAUCGUCACAGAAAAUAAACCGCAUGCUCAUCACGAGACUCAUUUGCAUACAAUGAAAGUUGUGACGAUUCUUAUCCGCAAUUUUUAUGGUCACUGCUAGGAACGCCUGGGACUGCAGCUGUCGUUUUGUGUACUAAAUAUGAAGAAAGUAAAACAACUUGCAGAUUAUGAGCCUCGCUGCUUACUCAAGCGAGAUUAAUAAAGCAUGAUAAAGCCAGUUAUUCUUGCUCAAAAAUACAAUGUAGCCUUUUGGUAAGAGAUUGUACCAAGUAUGACUACUAACCUUUCUGUAUUAAAGCAACUCCCUUUCCUAGUCAAUCCACUUUGUGGGUGUGAGAAAACUUGAACGGGGGCGAGUUCCAAAGUGGGAUGACUGCUUGAUUUCAUAUUGGAUUGACAUUUUUUUUUCUGUAUUUUUCUCAUCCCACAUCCAAUAUGAUGAAAAAUAACACAGUAUGCAUGUACAUGUACUCCCUGUUCUUGUCCAGUAGGAGGCCAAUUUGAUAUGGAAAUGAUUGUACAUGUUCGCUGGUAUGGUCUUCUUUUCUUGAUACUGUCUUUUGUGAGGGUUUUUACUGGAAUGUGUGGUUCCAGAAAAUAUCCAUACCCCUGCCACAGAAGAUCAGUGGAAAUUCCGAGGGAGGGGGGGGGGGGUUCAAAGGCAGUAAUUUCGGAGGAGAAGGGGGGGUUCAUGGGAAACUACUUUUCCAAAGGGUGACGAACCAUGUACAAAACGUUGAAAGCAACGUACGAUCGAUCUGAAGCAAAAAAACUUACUUAGGUUCUGGUAUGCUGUUUUGCAACAAAAGUCAGUAAUCCUGGCCAUAGAGAUGAUGAAUUCACAAGCGAGACAGUUGAAUUUGAUGUCAAUGUCUUCUAAGAAAUUUAAUCCAUUGAAAGAUUUUCAAUCUGACCAAAUAUAGAGGAGUUCUUGUAAAAUAUUCAUAGCUUGUUCCAGUAUGAUAUUUUCAGGUGACAUCAUGUAAAGGAAUACAAAGCCAAUAGGGGUAACUGAUUACGAAAGUCAACUGGUAUUAUGUACAUUUGUAAAGUCCUCGUAACUUUGGACAUCCUAAGUGCUUGUAGGGCUCUUUUGAUGGCCAUCACAGGGUUUGAAUGGGUCAUUUCCAGGCCUGGAAGGUCAUGGAAUUUAAUUGUCAGUACUGGAAGGUCAUGGAAACUUGAGGCUAUGUUUGCAGUAGAUUAGUUACUGCAGUUGUCAAGGCAGAUGCUGUGAGAUAGUGACACAUACAAGUAGUGUAGUUAAACAGUAUGAACGGCAGGCAUUUUGGUGAACACCAGAGUUGGUGUCUGUGAACUAAGUUAGGUCAAUAAUUACCCUAAAACAGGGAAAGUUUUGAAAAAUUUUGAAAGUGACAGGGCCAUGGAAAAGUUGAAAAAGUUAUGGAAUAUAAAGAGCUCAAAAGAAUAUGAACCCUGCAUCAGGGCUCUAUGAAUACACAUGCCCAGACACAAAACCCUUUAGAACCAUCUUAAACAUGCUAAUUUUUUCUUCUUCUUCAGAUAUUUACUUGACAAUGGAGCAGAUGUUGCAGCUGUCAAUAAUGAGGGGGAAUUGCCCCUGGAUCUUGCAGAAGAAGAAGACAUGGAAGAUCUUUUAACAGAUGAAAUUGAGAGAUUAGGUAUGUUGAUGUGCCUUUUACCAUGAUACGAUACUAGCUCCCAAUUGACUUGUGCUUUGUUUUGCUGGUAGUGUUGUUAUAACACCAUCCUGUAAAUGUGAAAGAGCAAGUCUUGUUUGAGCUUCUUGCAGUCUAUUAAUUUUCACAUUACUGAGCUGGGUUGAGAAGUUGGGAAUUUUGUAGUAUAAUGUGGAACAUCUGUGAUUCAGGAUUGGGGAUUAUUAGCAAAAGUUUUUCACAUUUAUUUGUUUCUUUUGUCGUCAAUGUUGUUUGAAAGCAUGUUGACUUCUCAUGUCCGGCAUAAAACCAACUAGUUUUGUGUAGCAUUACGUCGCAGACUAAAGAAAACAGGCUUUGGAUUUUUUGUAAUUUUAAGUGUCUUUUAGGAAAUUUUCCUUGAGUUUCUCAUCAUUGCAGUAUUUAAAUGGAGUUUCUGAGUUUAUGAACUUUUUGUAGUGAUUGACAUUAAAACAUUUAACAACUAUCUGUACAAUUUACAGUUUUAUUGGUAUUGUGAAUGAACAAACCACUGUAAAAAGAACCAAAUUUUCUGGGUUUUUACCAUGUAAAUCACUAGUGACAAGUUUCUCCAUAAGAAGGUCAGCCCUUCUUUAAUGUGUGUAGUUAUCAACAUCGUAUGUGUUACAGAACUCGGCAUACGAUCACAAAAUAAUGCCUAAGAUUCAUGAGUGGAAGUUUUCAAGAAUUUGACAAAUUACAGUGGCCAAAUAGGACAACAGUGGUUUUGCUGAAGUACAUUUUUUAGCCUAAUUAACAGCAAGCACAUCACAAAUUUGCAAGUGUCAAAACAAGUGUGAAGCCUGCUUCUCAAGUAUUUGCAUGUCUAUGAAAGAUAUGCUUUUUGGCAUUUUGAUUAUUGCACCUCCUUCAACUCAUACAUUUCUUAAUGUUCAAUGUAGAUUUUCUUCCAUUAGAGUUCACUGGCACAUCCAUUUAUUUUCAAAAACUCAAGCCAUGAUAGUGCUUUGGAAAGCAUUGCUGAUUAUUUAAAAUAAUCUAUACUACUUGCAUAGGGCAGCUUGAAAGAAUGGUUUGUUUCAGCUUCAACAUUUAACAAAACCUGCAGGCAUGUAUAAACAAAGCUGUUACCUCUUACAUUCUAGUGUUUAUAAAGUUUAUGAAUACAGUCAAAGAAACAAAAUAACAUUAGACUCGCUAAGUCACUCUCAAUUCUGGCCUGAUUUUCUUCGAGAACACACCCAGACAAACAUUUUUUGUUGGACCUCUGCAGUGAGACAGACUGGACUCUCACUAUGCCUUGUUUAAUUCACACUGUAAAAAUAUCUCUAUGGCCCCCUCCACUAAAGCUCUUGUGUCUCUUCUAGCACACCUCUUGACCUUUUUAACUUUGAUUUUCUACUCUUUGCUUGCACAUUCGGUUGGCCUGGAAAACUUUGCAUCUCCCUUUGAUCCAAGUGAUCUCCAUUUCUUUUAAACAGUUGGGGGUCAAUUAAGUUGAACUUUUACAAGUGUAAUUUACAGGUGUAACUUUUGUUUUCAGGCUCUAAAACUCUGGCUACACUUUUUUAAUUACACUUAAAAAAGUUUUACUUGACUUUGGAUACUGCUUGUUACAGUUGUUUUUACCAGUUAUCCUGCCUUGUUGGUAAGGACAUUGCAAACCUUGCUGCUUUUAGUCUCUCACUAAUGGGUUGUCAUUCUAGAAGAGCUGCUUGCUUCUCUGCAAUGAGGGCUUCACUGCUUGAAUGUGCAUCAACUUUUCCACAUUAAAGUACAUGUAUAACUAAGCCCUUGCAUUGCCCCUUAUGUCCUGAGGUAUUUCAUCUGCCGUUGUCAUGCUAAGGAUAACCAAAUCCCAGUCCUGUUUUUUCUUGGUAACUUACAGACAUUCAUGCUCAUAAAAGUGGAACCCCACUUUACAAACAUCUACUUCAUACGCACACUCGUAUAUAACGGACAAUUUCAUUUGUCAAAAAGCUCAUAUAUUUUCCCUAAUCAACCCACUUAGUAGGGACACCAGUUAGCACAGACAACAGACACUUUUUUGUGUCCCAAGUCACAGUCGUAGUCUUAUAUAUCAUCAACCGCACUUUAUGGACUUUGGUUAUCUGUGCAUUGUCUAUUUAAAUUUUGUCACAGUCAUGUACUAAUUGUAGACAUUGUACUCUGUUUAAAUGAUGAUAUAUUUCUAUGGGUUUAUACAGUUUUAUUACUUAAAAAAAGAAACAAUAGCAUGCCUUGUUUGAUUUUGAUAAGUCCAUCUCUCUUCCUGUGUUUGGCCCCUACACUGUACGGCCCUUUAAUAAAGUUUUGUGACUUCUUUGUCACAACUUCCGCCUCCUUAGCUUUCUUCUGCAGUGUUUGUUCCUACCCCUCUUUCUUUGCUUUGUCUUUAUAUCAGUAAAUCAUGUGUCUGUGACAUUUCCUGGGAGCGUGCUUAAUAUGGAUGCCCAGAUAAUAUGGAGAUCCGGAUAAUACAGACACUAUGGCAUGUUCCCUUGUUGUCCUAUUAACCGGGUUCUACUGUAUUAGGUUGGGGUCCUCGAAAACUCUGAUUCAAGCCCGUGACUCCGCGGAUGGACUGUCAUCUGGUGCUGUCAUGGUGCCAGGGGGCUGGACCCCUGGUUCCUGUAAAAAGUGUAUCCACAGUCUCAGUAACAAGAUGGUGUUUUUCUGGAUUUAACCCCAUGCCUAAUCCAGGCCUGUCAUUAAGAGGUGGGGGCCAAGGAUUUUCCCUGGCUACUAAGAACGUGCCCCCUGGCUACUUUUAUAGGAAAGUAGAAAAAAAAUAGAAACAAAACAAAUCCCUAACUGUUUGAUUCCCUGCCUACUUGUUGUAUUUACCCGGCAAAUUGAAAUCUUAGUGACAGCCCUGCCAAUCCCCCAACUUAUAGGAGAGCAGGUGCCACUUUUCAUCUGAUCUCUCCCUGCUAAUGUUCUGAGAGCUUCAUCCUUUGUCACCAUAGCUCAUAGGCUUCUUUGGGCACAUGUUCAUUAAAAUGGUCUUUGUGGUGGUGUUUGGUUUCCCCAAUAUAUUGCAAAUUACAAAGGAGUGUUUUAAUGAACAUAGAUGCCCUAUACUCAACCCCUCCGGUAGUUACAUCCAAACCGCAAUUUCAGAACACUUUAUCAGCAAUAGCCUCUCUGUUUCGCAUAUAUUACUUAUCCCAAUUGAAACACUUACAUGUAGAUAUAAACAUGAUUGUCUUAUAAGGAAAGCAGAAGAGGCACACCUCAUUCAUAAAGCCAAAACCAUUGAGCCUCUGGGAAUGAGCAAACGUGACGAGCUAUAAUCAUUAUGUAAUCUUUAUCUUUUUCUUGGUUCAUUUUUCUUAGCAGCCAUACCUUACCACGUCAUACCAUGUAACUUCUACAGUAGUACAGUAUAUAUUCUGUUUAUUUGUGGUUUUUCCUAAUAAACCUGAUGAAGACUGGUAUUAGCAUGUUGAAAUAUUGUAAACCUCAGCCUUUUUCAUGUUGUUUGAUCAGUCUUUGCAGUAGUCUUUUUAACAUUAAUUCUAUUUUUAUCUUUUUCGACUGAUCACAGUCUUGUUUGAUCCAACGUUGAGCUACAUUGAUUGUUCAUAGUUUUUGCAGUGGCUUUUUAAGCCGUAGUUUACUUUAUUUGUAAAUGUUAAGUGCCAUAGUGCAUAAACGGAAAUGACCGAAUUUACGCAAAUUAGCGCUGCAGCACUUGUUAACUUUUUUUCCAAAAAUGCGGCGCUUAUUUGAGGGCAGUGCUUAAUACCACAGUAAUACUGCUUAGUAACGAAUUUAUGUGAAUUAGCGCUGCGGCGCUUAUCAACUUUUCUCUCCCAAAUGCAGUGCUUAUUUGAGGGCAGCGAUUUUUCGAGUAAUUACUGUAAUUGGCAACUUUAGAGUUUAUUACAUUUAGGGCAAAUUGUUAUUACAUUUAGGACAAAAUGUUAUUACAUCUAGGACUUUAUUACAUUUAGGGUUGUUUAUUACAUUUAGGCCUUCUAGAUAUGGCAGUGUUAGGAUUGUUCAUGUUGUGUUUUUCUUUUGUGUUUUAGGAAUUGAUGUAGAACUAGCAAGAAGUAUAGAAGAAAGAAUAAUGUUAGAGGAUGCACAAAGUUGGAUGAAUGGUAGAACAAUACAUGAAAUAAAGGAUAAAUCAGGUAUGGCAUAUGUGGAUGAGUUCACAUGUCUUAAGGUGCAGAAAAAGGGGCAUAAAAAAAAACAUGGAAAUUGUCUUGCAACAUUCCUGCAAAAUGAGUUGAAUAGCGAUGUUGCUCGUGUUACCAUUCAUGUCCAAACCUGUUAACAACCUGAUUUGUUGCAAGACAGGUUUGAUGUGGGUGGUAAAACGUGCAACAUCGCUAUUCAGCUCGUUGCGAAAGUGUAAAUAUCAUUGCAAAACUGAAACGACAUGUAUCAACCCAGUCUUUGAUAAGUAUCUAUUAUGCACUCGUGCCAAAAGUGGAAGCCCCUGGAUACUACAGGCACCCAACCUCCAUUUAGCAAUGCAGUCUUUAACCACGUGACUUGUGUUACACCACUUAACCAAAGAAGAGAUUACACACAGGUAUUAGAAUUAUAUUGUUGAUCAUUUGUGCACGUGCCGGUGAUGCUACACCAGUCUGCUGCAAGAAAUAUUGACAGCCUUUCUUGUUAAUUUGUUUUACAUUUGACAAAAUUAUGGCCCAUAUCCAUGUGAUUUUUUUUCAAUAGUUUAGUCAUGUCUGGUAGCGAUGAGAAAGUGCGUAUGCAGUUGAAUCCUCAGCCCACAACCAAUGCAUUUUCUUAUAAAAACUCUUGUUUAUAAUGGUUACCAGAAAAAUUGUUCUUACAGACUUGAUCAAGAAAGAGAACAACAUGGGCGACAUUUUCUGUCUGUAUGAUCAAUUUUUCGAAGUUUCAAUAUUUUCUCAGCCCACAAAUCUUUCAGGGCAAUACAGUUCUUUUUCUUAUCAAACAAAAACUGCGGAUUUUAGGUUGAAAUAACUUUCAAGCAAAAUUUGUCAUUUUGUAUCGACCAGUCAAAGAUUUUAGCCAUUCUUUCAUAGUCUUUUAAAGACACUGGCUUUGAUGUAUGUUGCUGUGUGGAGUAAUCAUGCGGUGAUAAACUUUAUAGGGAAAAAGCCACAUUUUAUAAUCCCAAACAGUGGAAUCUUUUAUAUUUGUUUCCUCCGGCCACUUGCUUGAAAUUUAGAGAAUUAAGUGAUAUGCCUGUGACAUGUCAAUUUCAUUGGUCUAGUAAGCAGAGCCUGUUCUUGUAUUGUUUUUAGAAUACAGUGCACUUAAA